UCGUGGCCAUUCCUUAAUCUCUCUACUUUUUUUAUGCAAUUAAUUAAAAAUAAUUAAAAUGCCUUGCAUUUUCUCAGUUAUUUAAUGAUUAUUACAGUUUGGCACAUUCGAAUAAUUUUACGACGAAUAUGCUUUUAUAGCACCAACUACUCUUCUCUCUUAUUGCUUAGCCUAUUUGGAUAUGGAGCUUUCGUCCGUCUGACUUAGUGUUUAGCUGCUGUGGUAUCUGAUUGAUAUUGUUUUCUUAUUUGUAUCUUAAUUUCAGCUGUUGGGUAUUGGCAGCUUAUAUGAGUUUGGUGGGUGUCUUUUUUAAUUUUGGUUUUGAUGCUUUAGAAGGCUUUUCUCUCUGCUUCUGAUUUUUGUUUGUGUUUCCGCACAAAAGAAAGCAUUGGUAUUUUGAGGAGUUAUUAAUUGGACGAUUAAACUGCGAUGUGAUUUUGGAUUUUGUGAUCUGGGUUCUAUAACAAUUGGAGUUCUGGAGACACUGGGAUGGUUAGGAGCGGGUCGAAUUGACAGGCUUGAGGUUUAUACUACAGAGCCUCGCAAUCUUGUGGGGUUCGUAGCUCAGGUUCUCAAGUUAUGAUGGAAUUUCGAGAAUAUGUGCGUUGGGUGAUCUGAGGAGAGUCUCAUAACAUGAAUACUGUAGGGAGGCUUAUAACCAGAGGGGUUUCCACUGUAUCGGGCCCCUUUCACCCGUUUGGUGGUGCUGUGGAUAUCAUAGUGGUGGAGCAGCCAGAUGGUAGCUUUAAAUCCUCGCCCUGGUAUGUUCGGUUUGGAAAAUUUCAAGGGGUUUUAAAAGCAAGAGAGAAGGUGGUUUACAUUAGUGUUAACGGUACAGAUGCAAAUUUUCACAUGUAUCUUGAUCCGAGAGGAGAAGCUUACUUUCUCAGGGAGGUACAAGGAGAUGGUGCGGAAUCUGUUUCAUCGUCUUCUAGUGAUGAGAAAGAUGAGCAGUCCCAGAAUGGCACGAAGCCAAUGAAAUCCAAUACUUGUGAUUUCGAUGGCAAUACAAGUGACAAGAUUAAUGGAAAUAAUGGGAAGAUUGUUGCUAGGACCAAUUCCCGCCAAUCAAGGAUAUUUGGUCUUGUUUUUGGAAGGAGGUCAAAGAAGGAAGGUGGUUAUCAAGAUGGUAUUAAUAAUGAUGGUGCUGGUAUGGUAAGGAUAAGUUCAUUGGAUCGUGCAGAGCUCGCAGCCAACCUCUUGGAUGUGAAGUGGUCAACUAAGCUUACAACUAGUGAGUCCAUGAAAGAUAAUACUUCACAGUUUUCUGCUUCAGAUACAUAUGAUGGUAAAGGGGUCAGGGAUAGGCUGACCAAUGAUGGACAAAGCCAGGUUGGCUCAUCUGUGCAGGAUGCCUCUGAAACAAGUGUGGGCCAUCAUAUGUUCUCUGAGGAAAUUGGUUCUUGUAAUGUGCAAAUGGGCAACAGUUCCCAUUCUGGAUUUGAGAGUGGGAAAUUUUCUGUUCAGCAAAGUAGUGUAGAAGUGUCAGGUUUUGGUUGCACUGAGCAAGUUGUUGAGACUGAUAAAUUAGAUGAAAGUGCUCCAGAAAAAAAAUUGGAAGAAUUGUCUUCAAUAUCAAGAAACAUCAGUGAAACUGGUUUACACAAUGCUGAUCAAUAUGACAACUCUGUGGGUGUAAUCUCUGAUGUUACUUGUUCUGAUUCACAAAUUGUGGAUGUGUAUGGAGCAUUUCCCAGCAUUAAGUCCGAUCAAGAAUGGGUUUCUGGCAAAAGAAAUGUCGCAUUAGCAGGUUUUGGCAUUUCUAAGGAGAGUGGAUGCAAUGGAAUUCAGUCCUUAAUUUACUGCGGGAAAUCUGAGAACUCACCAGUGGAUUUGGAUGGUUCAGAUGAACAAGCUGAGGAAACACUGUGUCUCACUGGUGGAGUACGUGGGGAUGUUAACUUUUAUGCUGAAACUUUGCAUGUGAAACUACCUGAGGAUUCAGUUACUCUGCAAGCCGAGGAAAUAGAGUUGGAGACAAUAUUCACCAAGUCUUGUGAUAAUGAUCCACAACUAGCAAAUUCUUCUCCUCCUUCAGUACGUGGCCAUGACGAGUUGAACCUUGAAGUGAAAUCCAUAGUGCCAAAAUCCCAUACUCAAAUGAUCACUAUGGAGAUGGACCCUUUACUUGGUUUAACUGAAGCAGAGUCAAAGAACAUUCGUAGCUCCAUUUCCAGUUUUACAAACUCAGAUUGUCAAUUUGAGAAUGCAAAAAACUUUGGGGAUAAAAUUUCCAGGGAUGAGCUCCAACCUUCUUUGGAGUCAGUGAGUGGUUCAGAACAACUUAAUGGUGAUUGUGAACUAGAAAAAGCAGUUAGUGUUCCGGUAUCAGAGAAUUCAGAGGAAGAACAGUUCAUUUUCAGUGAUCUUGAUGACAACAGAGAAACUCAAGGAAAUUUGAAUUUCCCAGAUGGUGUAGUUGAAGAAAAUAAUCCCUCAUUUUCUACUGAGGACACUGACGAAGAGAAUGAGCCUCUCAGUAGAAAUGACGAAUUAUUUUCAUCUGAAGAAUUUAUUUUCCAAAAGAAUCAAUUGACUGAUAUUGAAAUGCCGAUGGGCAAUUCAAAGGGGACAGCAAGUCCCAUUUCUAUUCCUAACCUUCAAAGCACUGCUGAUAUGAAAGUGGGGUGGGUGGGAGAAUCAUUACCCAAUAUGUGGUCUUGCAGUGACAAUACGGAUUCAGAUGUCCUCCACCAUCCUUUAAGCCAUUCACUGGACUCUGAUUCCAGACCCUUGGAGUGGAAAUUGCCUAGCAAGGAUGAGUCAUCCUGUAUAAAUUCAGGUGGAGAAAAGGAAAGCCAAUCAUCACCAGAGUCCUCCAAUAGGGAAGAUUCUCAUCUUCCAGAAGAUAUAAAAGAUAGUGCCAAUCCUGCUGUUGGGGAUCAAUCAAAAGCCAUUGAAACAACUGGUGGAAGCUGGAGACUUUGGCCUUUCACUUUUACAAGAUCAAGAUCUAGGAAGACCGUGCAGCCAACUAUUACUGAUGCCAAAAGUUCUGAUGCUGAGAAUGCUGCUUCACAUAGCAAUAUUGAUAUGAAUUAUAAUCAGACUGUGGUUAAGCCGGAGGUCUCCAAAAGGAUGGUAAGGACGAUUGCCCCAACAUCUGAAGAGUUGGUAUCCUUGAAUCUGAAGGACGGGAGUAAUACAGUAACAUUCACAUUCUCCACUUCAAUGCUGGGAAUGCAAAAGGUGGAUGCUAGAAUUUAUCUGUGGAAAUGGAAAACUCGCAUAGUGAUCUCAGAUGUUGAUGGGACGAUAACAAAAUCAGAUGUACUUGGUCAGUUCAUGCCUUUGGUAGGGAUGGAUUGGUCACAAACAGGGGUUGCACCGUUAUUUUCAGCUAUUAAGGAAAAUGGGUAUCAGUUGCUUUUUCUAAGUGCUCGUGCAAUAUCUCAAGCCCAUCUCACUCGACAAUUCCUGGUCAACCUUAAGCAGAAUGGGAAGGCUUUACCAGAUGGUCCUAUAGUUAUAUCCCCUGAUGGUCUUUUUCCUUCUCUAUUCCGUGAAGUUAUUAGAAGGGCUCCUCAUGAAUUCAAGAUAGCAUGCUUAGAGGAAAUUAAGGCAUUGUUUCCUCCAGAUUGCCACCCUUUUUAUGCUGGUUUUGGUAAUAGAGAUACAGAUGAAAUUAGCUACCUUAAGGUUGGAAUCCCAAAGGGAAAAAUCUUCAUCAUCAAUCCAAGGGGUGAGGUUGCUGUGAACCGCUGUGUUGACACAAAAUCAUAUACUUCACUUCAUGCUCUCGUGCACGGCAUGUUCCCAGUCUCGUCACCUGAGCAGGAGGAUUUUAAUUCAUGGAAUUUCUGGAAAUUGCCUCCUCCUGUUGUUGAUAUUUGAUUGUUGUCAACUGUAGAUCAUCACUUAGAUCCCUGAUACUGAUAUGAACAGGUUUCAACCAUGCUUGUUCUGUCACUACUCAGUUUCAGGUCGCAGACGGCCAAGACCUACGGCAAAGUCGCGCAAACCAUGCUGUGUUUAUUCUAGCUGGCUGUAUCUGUUGAUGGGCCCAAAAGGAGUUUAUAGAAGAUCAUACACAAAAAGUUGAAUUCAUUACACACAUAUCUUGCAUCAGAGACAGUUCAAUGCACAACAUCGUAUAGCGCAUACAUUUGGUUAAAAAUAUGUAAGCUUUUACCAUGGGAAGUAGAUAUCCUUAGCGAACAUUGAUGCAUAAUCCUCAGUGUGAAAUGCAUUGCUCAUUGAUUCUGAAUCUAUACCCAGUUUGGCUGGAAAAAUUCUUAGUUUGUUAAUCGUCUGGCCUUCAGUGAUAGGUGGACAGGCAGCAAGCUCCACCCAUGGAAAAUUUCUAGUGUAUCAUUGUGCAAUUUAAUUGUAAAUUCUCUUUAUCAUCAUAUGGUUUAAAUCAAGAUUUAUUUGGCGAUUC